AUGUUCAGGACGGCCCUUCGACAGUCCACCCGCGCCCUCGGCGUCUCGGGUAGGGCUGCGGUAGCUCGAAAUGCCGCACCCGCAGUCUACAACGCUGCCUCGAUACAAGCCAGGACCUACGCUGCCGAUGCGAAGGCCUCGCCCACCGAGGUCUCCUCCAUUCUCGAGCAGAGAAUUCGCGGUGUCCAGGAAGAAGCUGGCCUUGCCGAGACUGGCCGCGUCCUCUCUGUUGGUGAUGGUAUCGCUCGUGUCCACGGCAUGGCCAACGUCCAGGCUGAGGAGCUUGUUGAGUUCGCCUCCGGUGUCAAGGGUAUGUGCAUGAACCUCGAGGCCGGCCAGGUCGGUGUUGUGCUCUUCGGUUCCGAUCGAUUGGUCAAGGAGGGUGAGACUGUCAAGCGUACCGGUGCUAUCGUUGAUGUUCCCGUCGGUAUUGAGAUGUUGGGUCGUGUCGUCGAUGCCCUCGGCAACCCCAUCGAUGGCAAGGGCCCCAUCAACACCACCGAGAGGCGCCGUGCCCAGCUCAAGGCCCCGUCCAUCGACGCCAUGGUUCCCAUUGGCCGAGGCCAGCGUGAGUUGAUCAUUGGUGAUCGUCAGACCGGUAAGACUGCCGUCGCUCUCGAUGCCAUGCUCAACCAGAAGCGAUGGAACAGCGGCAACGACGAGGAGAAGAAGCUUUACUGCAUCUACGUCGCCGUCGGUCAGAAGCGAUCCACCGUCGCCCAGCUCGUCAAGACCCUCGAGGAGAACGACGCCAUGAAGUACUCCAUCGUCGUCGCUGCCACCGCCUCCGAGGCUGCUCCUCUCCAGUACCUCGCUCCCUUCACCGGUGCCUCCAUCGGCGAGUGGUUCCGUGACAACGCCAAGCACUCCCUCGUCAUCUACGACGAUCUCUCCAAGCAGGCCGUCGCCUACCGUCAGAUGUCCCUUCUUCUCCGUCGUCCCCCGGUCCGUGCCGCCAAGAUGAACAAGACUCACGGCGGUGGUUCCAUGACUGCCCUUCCCGUCAUUGAGACUCAGGGUGGUGAUGUGUCUGCCUACAUUCCCACCAACGUCAUUUCCAUUACCGAUGGCCAGAUCUUCUUGGAGUCCGAGCUCUUCUACAAGGGUGUCCGUCCCGCCAUUAACGUCGGUCUUUCCGUCUCUCGUGUCGGUUCCGCUGCCCAGCUCAAGGCCAUGAAGCAGGUUGCUGGUUCCCUCAAGCUCUUCUUGGCCCAGUACCGUGAGGUCGCCGCCUUCGCCCAGUUCGGUUCCGAUCUUGAUGCUGCCACCAAGCAGACCCUCAACCGUGGCGAGCGUUUGACCGAGCUCCUCAAGCAGAAGCAGUACUCCCCCAUGGCCGUCAACGAGAUGGUUCCCCUCAUCUUCGCUGGUGUCAACGGUUACCUCGACGCCGUCCCCGUCGGCAAGAUCCUCCAGUGGGAGGCCGACUUCCUCGCCCACCUCAGGUCGAGCGAGAGCGAGCUCCUUGCCAUCAUUGACAAGGAGGGCGCCCUCAGCAAGGACACCGAGUCUAAGCUCAAGAACGUCGUCCAGAGCUUCACCAAGAGCUUUAUUGCCUAA